AGUUUCCGAGAAAUAUGAAGUAUAUUUUUAUGAAAUUGUCCCGACUUAUUUGCUUGGUGUUAUGUUUACCACUUCAGCUACUGCAGACAGUGGGGCUGUAUGGUAUGUACAAACGUCUGUUUCCAUUGCUCGCCUACAACAUAACAUUUUCAUACAAUGACAAAAUGCACAACGUGAAGAGAGAACUUUUUCGAAACGUAGCCACAUUUGCAAAGGCGGACGGUACACUUCGCUUGCUGGAGAUCGGUUGUGGCAGCGGAGCAAACUUCAAGUUUUACCCCCACGGCUGCACGGUGAUCUGUACCGACCCCAACCCGCACUUCGAGAUGUACCUGCAGAUGAGCAUGGACGCUAAUAAACACCUGACCUAUAGCACCUUUUUAGUCCUCACUGGGGAGGACAUGAAGGAAGUACAGGACGAGUCAAUGGACGUCGUUGUCUGCACAUUGGUUUUGUGCUCUGUUAAAAAUGUGCAGCAGGUCCUGCAGGAGGCCCGGCGCGUUCUCAGAACGGGUGGUGCUUUCUAUUUUCUGGAGCAUGUUGUCUCAGAUCCUUCCUCAUGGACAUAUUUCUUUCAGUAUGUGUUUGAGCCUCUUUGGUACUAUCUUGGAGAUGGAUGUAUGGUUACCAGAACAACAUGGAAAGAUCUUGAGGCAGCUGGCUUUGCUGGACUUCACCUAAGACACAUUGAGGCUCCAGAGGUGUCUUUAAUGAUAAGACCACAUAUUAUGGGAUAUUCAAUCAAAUGACUGGGA